AGCUUCAGGGCUUGAUGGAGUGCCAAUUCGUGCUGGACCUUAGGAUAUGUGGAAGUCGCUAGUACGAGCAGCGACUUCUAAAAGAACUAGAUCGAAGCUAUUUUUCGGUUCGUUCGCCACGGGUAGCUUGCUAGCCUUUAUUACGUUUUUAUUUGCCCGAGAAGUUUAAACAGCCUUGAGCUCGAUGUAAUAAUGUCUACUUCAUCAUUAACACCGAAAAAGAAAAGUUGGGCGACCGGAACAAGAGGAGCUUCAGCAUUGCGAGCACUCGGUCAUCUGCGUCGUGCCUUCGUCCUGAGCGACCUGGAAUAAAGACCUGAUAUUGAGCAGUAUCCUCGUCAUGUGAAGAGGUCCACGUGGUUGAUUUACCAGGAACGUGGCCGCUACAAGACUUCCGAAAAAUGUCGGCACCCAGCCCCGCUAAAAAUGUGUACAACGAUCAGCCGGACAGGGACAACUCAGCUUGGGCCGACCUGGCUAUGCUGGGAGGCGGGGGCACUAGUAGUAGAUCUGGCGAAAAUGCUAAGUCCCAGCCUCCAUCUGGAAAGAAGGGUGGCGGCCGAGGGGGCAAGGGAAUAUUUGGAAAGAAGAACAAGGGCGGAAAGAACGGCAACGGUGGCGGGAAGCAGGCGAGGACAGCAAAAGGCGAUAGUGCAAGACCAAGUAGUGGCACCGUCAACCACCCACAGAACGCGCACGCGCACCACCAGCUCGAGCAGGGGACGUCGACGUCGAGGACGAGCAACAAGGGAAACAAAAAAGGCCAGAUUGGGGCGAAAAAGGUGGCUGAGAAAAAUAAGUCAAAACCACCAUCAUCACCAACAGGCGAAGAUCCGUUUCCUGACGGUCGCGCGCCAAGCCGAAACGCCAAACGGAAAAAUGGAGAACAAGGUGUACCAGCUGCAUCUGCAUCGACAGGAGUAUUAAAGCAAAACCACAAGAGCUACUCCACCUACAUCAAGGCACCAGCAGCCUCCGCCGAGGAUCCUCUUCCCGGAGAAGAGGAGGAUCAUGUGGCCAGCCACUACGACCGCGCGGCGGCAAGGUACGGCAAGCAGCGAAAAAACAUGCGGGAGCCGGAGACGGGGCACUUCCGCAUGAACAACUGGACAAAGACCUGCUUGUGCUUGUUCGCCAUGGAGUUCGCCUUGCUAGAAGAAGAAGAAGACGUGGUGGACGACGAGGAGGACGCUCAGGAUAUAAUCCAACGUCUUGCUGGCACUGAAAACAAGAACUUGUCUCCUCCCGACAGCAAGCGACGCAAGAAAGAAAGCUUCUUGGCGGACGGACAGCAGGGGCAUAAACAUCAUUAUGAUGACUGUUAUAACCAGCAGCCAGUGCCAGACCACACGACUCAACAGCGCACAGCGAGAACAAGAACGAUCCGCAUCCUCGACCUUGCCUGCGGGCGCGGCGGAGAUCUGUUCAAGUGGCACAACACCGCAAAGUACUUCCUUGGUGCUUUAGGAUGGAAUGCAAAAUGCAUCCAGUUCGAGUACGUGGGCGUCGACCUAUCUGCGCAUUCUAUCGCUCUUGGGCGACAGAAGUGGGCAGAGCAGGCGAAACCGCUGGAGAAUUUCUCCGUCGAGUUUCACCAAUUUGACUUCACAAAACAAUCCGCCGCGGAUCUGCUUGCGCAGUGUACUUCUAGAAGUAACUAUGGAAGCAGUUCGAGUACCACGAUCUGUGGCCAAACGCAGCCAAAUUCUACUAGAUCUUCUGCUUCAAUCCACAAUCGGACGUCGGCCAGCACCAGCCGCUCCGACUCCCGCUUAUUUGACAUUAUCUCCUGUCAGUUUGCGCUGCACUACGCGUUUGAGUCGGAGGCCACCAUUGCAAACUUCGGCAGACUGGUUCAGGAGUGCUCGAAGAAAACUUCCGUCUUCGUUGGGACAACCAUUGACGAGCGGUGGUUGGUUGAGGAAGCCCGGAAAAAAUUCGGCGAAUACUCACUGGCCGAGCUGGAGGCACAGUGCAAAGGUACAACUACUUCCGGAUCUUUUCCUUCCGAGGAGAAGGUCGCUCCACCAGCACACGCACACGAGCAAAGCAACGUGCAGGAAAUAUCAACUGCGCACCGAGAUGAAGAAGUAGAAGACGGUCAUGUUGUACGUGUCCUUGACGAAGCAGCACAGGAAGCACCCAUGCUCGGCAUUGAUGGAAGUGAGGAGGAUCCGUUGGACUUUCUAGCGGAUCACGUUAAUAUUGGCGAGACUUACCCGACGAGCACAAGGCCAAACUUUCCCGGAGCGUCCUCCGCAUCCCCUCCCAACCCCCAGAAUCCCACCACGACAUCGUCCACCGGAGCCCCCUUGGUCCUGUUCGAAAACAAGAUCGCCCGGCUAGAGGUGCCUGCUGAGCCGAAGCUGCUGCGGAAAUGGUGGGAGUACACGACCAGUGCGGAUGCAGAACACAAGGUACCGGCCGGCUUGGGUUACGACUUUUUCCUCGAGGGUGCGAUCGACAACUGCCUGGAAUACCUCGUCGACUUUCGCCUGCUGGAAAAGCACCUCCUGAGCAGCAGCACCCGCGGAAAGAUGAUAAUCGAAACUGCAGAUACAGAGAAUCUGUACGGCUCGGAAUCUUUGAGCGAGAUGAGCUACAGGACAAGUGGUGGAUCGAAGAGGACAGCAGCAUAUCCUGGUGCACAACUUCAUCCCUUCCGCAAUACAAUGCAGCCCUGUAGGAGCUCCUCUUUGUUCUUCGCACCGGAGCCGCCAUUUUUCACGAGGGUCAACCUCUGGGAUUUGAAAGACCAAAUCCUGUCUGGUGGUCGUGGUACAAGAACGCGCGGACGAGGACCGACGGCAGCAGCUCCCUUCUGCAAGUUCGACAGUCGGGGCGAUAUCCGGUUUCCCUGCUUGCAGUACUUGAAGCACGCGUGUGACAUGAAAACCUGGUGGCAAAGCAGGAGGCGGGAAAGAACGACGGCAACUUUUUUAACAUCGUCGCAAGAUAAAGUAGAAACGAACGAAGCCGAAUUACAACCUCCAAGAACUACGCGCCGCCAGCCUCUGUUUAAGCACCGCACGAGACACGCGGCCACGCAGUUUUUCCACCUAGUCGAUGCGGAAACAGAUGAGCCUGUGUUUGAUGACUUUCCAAAGGAGUGCGAGGAAGUGUCUAGGAUGUACUGCGCCGUCAUACGAGUGCAAACGGGAUAAAACAAAGCAAGCUCUGGGAAGAGCAAUAAAAGAUGAACAGCAGCACAUCUAUAUCACAUAUAGGAGCUGCAAUUCAAUCUUUAGUGCUAAAUGCGACCGAGUAUUGUAUAGUGGUAGAGAUAGUUGUCAUAGUGAAGUUAGUCUGAGUAGGUACUCGUACAGCGAGACGACCAACCAUAUGGCCGCCAUAGGAUAUCGAUAAGAAACACACACAAGAUCAGCCUAUUACUGCCCUUACCGCGACAAGUAGAAAUAAGAAGAUAUAAGGGGUGGCCUCCUCGUGGUGCCUAGGCCUACCGACCCCAAGGACCCCGCACCAUUUUGAAUCAUGCGACGACACAGUAAAAGUAUCAGCAUCAUGGUGGACAGAAAACAAGAAAAUAAGCGACCACGAAGUCAAAUAUGUAAUGUAGAAAUGCGGCGUCCUCUUUCCGCCUGCACUCGCCGCAGCCAAAUGAAGCAGACAGCCAU